AUGGACAUCGAGCCAGAGCCACCUGCACCUGACGACUCGCCCGACUGCCGCUACCCCUUGCUUCAACGCCUCGUCGACGGCACUUUGCCCCCGGACCAGGCUGAGGCAAGGCGCGUGGCCCGUCGUGCCAAUACUUUCGUCCUCCUCGACGGGGAGAUGUACAAGCGCAGCCCCUCGGGCAUCCUCAUGCGUUGCAUCCCACGUCAGGAAGGAGUCAAGCUCCUGCAGGACAUACACUCGGGGGCUUGUGGCCAUCACGCCGCACCUCAGACGUUGGUAGGAAAUGCCUUCCGACAAGGCUUCUACUGGCCCACCGCCGUGGCCGACGCCACGGACAUCGUCAGGGCCUGUAAAGGAUGCCAGUUUUACGCUCGGCAGAUACAUCUACCCGCUCAGGCCCUGUAA